AUGCAGAGGUUUCAGUUGUGUUUGGGAAUUGUGACUAAUUUUACACUCUUUCUUUUCAGACACCCCUUUUCUGGCCGUGAGGUCCCCAUCUCGAAUGGCUCUGGCUUUAUAAUAAGUAGUGAUGACCUGAUAGUGACAAAUGCCCAUGUGGUCGCCAACAAGCCUGGUGUUCGUGUCAAACUGACCAAUGGUGAGACUUACAACGCCACAGUUCAGGAUGUGGACCAGGCUGCAGACAUCGCCACCAUCAAAAUCAAUGUUAAGAAUCCUUUACCAACGUUGCGUCUUGGCAAGUCAUCUGAUGUGCGUCAAGGUGAAUUUGUGGUUGCCAUGGGGAGCCCCUUUUCUCUUAAAAACACCAUCACAUCUGGAAUUGUCAGCUCUGCACAGAGAGGCAGUAAAGAACUGGGUCUCUCCAACUCCAACAUGGACUACAUCCAGACGGACGCUACCAUUGAUUUUGGAAAUUCAGGAGGGCCUCUCAUAAACCUGGAUGGUGAGGUCAUCGGCAUUAAUACCAUGAAAGUGACAGCAGGGAUUUCCUUCGCUAUUCCCUCAGACAGAGUCCGUCUCUUCCUUGACCGAUCUGCAGACAAACAGAACUCUUGGUUUGGAGAAUCGGGAUGGAAAAGGCGUUACAUUGGAGUGAUGAUGUUGACUUUGACCCCCAGUAUAAUCGAAGAGCUAAGGAUGCGAGACCCGUCCUUCCCUGAUGUUUCUCAUGGAGUUCUCAUCCACCGUGUGAUUGUAGGAUCUCCAGCCAACAGAUGUGCUGCUCUCUGAACAUGAUGUUAUCAGCUGUUGAUUAAGGCAUCCUAUUGAUGAUGUCAUUUCCUGUUUUCUGUUUUGCAGAGCCGGAAUGAAGCCAGGAGAUGUUAUUAUUGAGAUCAAUGGGGUAAAGGUGAACACGUCGGAGGAGAUAUAUAAUGCUGUGAGGACCAGCGAAAGCUUAAAUGUGGUGGUCCGCCAGGGGGCCGACCUGCUCAUGCUGCACAUGACCCCAGAGUCCACAGAGCGACAUCAAGUCAAGUUUUUAGUAAGAUUAAGAAAUGGUGAGUAAUGAGAAGCUGUCAUAGUUGGAGCUGUUGUAAGAAAGGAAUCAUCUAAAGAGUUGAACAGUUUUAGCAAACGCUGGACAUUCGUGUAGUAAACGUGUUUCUGAAAGCGUAUGAAAUAAUGUGGAUGAUUCAGACUUCUGUACACUGGAUAAACCUCAGUGUGUCUGCGCAAACUACACUAUCAGUAUUGAUUUGAAGGAAUAUCACUGAAUAUUUUGUUUAGGAUUGUCAUGAUGGCAACAAACACUCAAAGACCUUAAUAAAACUGGGUGCUCUUAUUGUGAAAAUGCUGAUGUUUUGUAUUGAGUCUCACAUUCUCAUGUUACGACGUUUGUAUUUUAAUACAUUUUUCUGAACAGCUCUGAUUUCACAAUAAACCAUUGGAAUAUUUAUGGAU